AUGCAAGAAGUAUUUGACGAUAUUACGAUGCUGAGGCAGGAGGACAGUACGAACUACGAGAAGCUGGCGCUGAACGCAAGCGGAGGCAGCGCAGUCGGCGGCGGCGGCAGCGGAAGCGGCGCCGAACAGGAUUCGAGCAUGUGCGGGGGGCAGGAGGUGUCCGAUGGCAGGGUCAAGGAGAAGGCGCGUCGCUACUGGACGCCCAGCGAGGAGGAGCGACUGUACGAGAUCUGGGGCCGCGAUAAUUGGCGGCUAACGCGGACCGGCAAGAACACCAUCUUCUUUGGCAAGUGGGCCGAGGAGCUGCGCGAGCGAUUCGCGGUGGACGUGAAGCCAGAAGAGAUUCAGAUGAAGGUCAACCAGACAAGGGCAAAAUUCAGGCAAGUGAAGAAGAACCUGCAGGCAGAUCCCACCAGCUAUGCUACGCGAUGGAAGAAGUACGACAUCAUAAACCGGAUACUGAAGAACCUGCACAGGCCCAAGAAUGCCGAGCCGUUGCCGCCAGAGGCCCUGCUUAAUAACCGCGACAUGACACCGCCCCGAGAAGAUGGUUCUACGGAUCAACUGCCGCCGCAACAACAGCCACUUCAACAGCAGUCCGUUCAGCAACAGGCCAUCGUGCUGGCUGCCGAGCCGCCUGCCGCCACCUUCUACAACAGCAGCAGCAACAGCAACCAUGGCAGUAGCCACAACAAUAACAACAGCGGCGGGAUGACCUUCAACACAGAGCUGUUCACGGAUCAGUACGAUGAGGUGGUCAAGCAGGAGUAUGAGGACGAUGAGUAUCGCUCGCUGCCCUUUCAAGAGCAGCUGCAACAGUAUUCACCAGCCGAACCGGCCCAGCUGCUGGAGUUGCAGACGCCACAACAGCAGCAACAACAACAACAGCAGCAGCAGCAACAGCAGCAGCAGCAACAACAACAACAACAACAACAACAACAACAACAGGAGUAUCAGCCUGGCUAUGAGCAGCAUCAGUUUCAACAGCAACAGCCUGCUCACUUUACCAACAAUAGUAGCGGCACCAACAGUGCCGUGGCCACGUCCACCAUCAAUCAUCAGCCCAUCACUGCGGUGGCCUACAUAAACAGCAGUAAUAACACAAUCAGUGUGGCCACCAACUCCAAUGGCGGCAUGCCGGCUCCAGUUCCAGCAUCAGGAGUAGCCGCAGUUCCAGCUCAGGUUUCUUCGCCAGCUCCUGCUGCUGCUCCGGCCAGCAAUCCCAUCACUAAUUCGGCCGUCGUGAGCGCCUCCCCUGUUCCGGUGCCACGAAAGCGCGGUCGUCCGUAUGGCUCGGUUAAUAUACCGGCGGCCGAUUCACUGGAAACUCUCUACAUGGAGGAGGUAAGGCGGAAGAACCAAUUGCUCUACGAGCAGACCAAGCUUUCCCGCCAGAGGUUGGAGCUAGAGCAGCGCAAGGUCGAGCUCAUGCAGGCCUUCUUCCCCAAGUGUCUCGAGCAGCAGGCGCAGAUCCUGACUCGUAUGAUGCAACUCACCCAGCAGCAGCAGCAGCCACAGCAGCCGGCGUCCCAUCAGCUGCCAGCAGCCGGCCGGCCGCAGUGAGGAUCUUUUUUGGACUUUUUAAAACAAAAUUUCUGGACUGGAUGACAAAUUGUUUCCUGCACUGCGCUGAUUCAGUGUGUCCCUUUUUUAAUCAGAACCACAUAACUUAACAAACAAAAAACAAACAUGCUUCAUUGUUUAUAAGAUU